AUGGAGGAGAGAGAGAGGAGUAGGAGUCGGUCUCCUCGAAGGACCAGUCGAGUGGAGCAGGUGGUGGGGAGAUGGCUCCGCCGGUCUCGAGACUCCCUCAGCAGGGAGCGUAUCUUGGGGGAUGGAAAGGCGGAUCGGUCUGGUGGCACAGGGUCGCAGAACUUCCCAGUAAAAGUGACGGUGGAAGUGAUCCGAGAUUCUGUGCUCGACUCUCAUGGCUUCAGCCUCUCCACUCAGCUCCCCCUGCUGGUCAGGGAAGUUACUCCAGGAGGUCCAGCAGACGGCAGACUCUUUCCUGGAGACCAGAUACUGAAAGUGAACAAUAAAGCCAUAGAAGACCUGCCGCCAGAACAUGUAGCAGAAAUAAUUAGGGAAUGUAUGGACUCUGUUACCAUGACAAUCCUCAGACAGAUGUCGAACCCUAAAUCCUCGUUCAUGACUGCAGAGAAGAGAGCUCGCCUCAGAAGGAAUCCGGUCAAAGUGCGUUUUGCAGAGGAAGUGGUCGUCAAUGGUCACACUCAGGGAAACUCUCUUUUAUUUUUGCCCAACGUGUUGAAAGUAUAUCUAGAGAACGGACAGACCAAGGCCUUCAAAUUUGACAGCAACACGACAGUCAAGGAUAUUGUCUUGACUCUAAAGGAUAAGUUGUCCAUUCGUUCUAUUGAACACUUUGCAUUAGUGUUGGAACAGCAAUACAGCAUCACAAAACUGCUGCUACUUCAUGAGGAUGAAUUCAUUCAACAGGUGGUACAGAAGAAAGACUCCCAUGAUUACAGAUGUCUGUUCAGAGUGUGUUUUAUACCCCGAGACCCCUUGGACCUCAUGCAGGACGACCCCAUGGCCUUUGAAUAUCUCUUCCAACAGAGUGUGGGUGAUGUGCUGCAGGAACGGUUUGCUGUAGAAAUGAAGUGUAACACCGCCCUGAGACUGGCUGCUUUGCACAUGCAUGAGAGAUUAGCAAGCUGCGGACAAACGCAAAGAGCAUCCCUCAAGAGCAUCUCUAAGGAGUUUGGUUUGGAUAGCUUUAUCUCACCGACCUUGCUGAGGAACAUGAAAGAGAAGGACCUGAGGAAAGCUCUGGGCCACCACCUGAAGAAGAUCCAGUCCUUACUGGAACCACAUCAGAAGGUGAUAUCUGUGUCUCAGGCCAGGCUGGCGUACCUCACUCAGAUGGCUGAGCUCAUAUCCUACAGCGGGAGAUCCUACAACGCCACCAUGCUGCUCCAGGACAGAGAAUCAUUGGUUAGUUUGCUGGUGGGGGCCCGAUUUGGCCUCAGUCAGAUGCUUAACCACAAGCUCAACAUGAUAUCAACCAUCAUAGACUUCCACUAUAUCACACGAGUAGAGCUGCUGUCUGAGUCUGACAGAGUGAGCAUGCUCAAGAUCUACCUAAGAGAUAUCCAGCCCUUAGCCUUGCUCAUGGAUUCUGUUGCUGCUAAAGACCUGGCUUGUCUGCUGGCUGGCUAUUGCAGACUGCUUGUUGAUCCCAACAUAAAUGUGUUCCGAUGGGGACCUAGACCAAAAAUGCGGCGCAUCCCAAUAGAGGAAGUAUAUGGAUCACAUUAUGGCAGUGACUCAGAGGACAGUUCUGAUGAGGAUUAUCCAAUGGAAGGUAUAGUUGAUAAACAGCUCUCUGAGGACACACUGUCUACUCAAACAAGCGAUGGAAGAGGAGAGGACGAAGAAGAGGGAAUGAGUAAAAGGCUCAAGAGGGAACCUAGGGCAGAAACAGUUAAAGUGAUUGUGACCCAUGCAGAAGAGGAGGAGGAGGAUGUUGAGAUGGUUGGAGGAGGAACAGUGAACAAAGGGUGUGAAGAGGAAGAAGAAGUGGGUGGUGCCGGUGGGGACUCAGUUCUAGAGACGGGUUGGUACACUGACCCUCGGGUCAAUAGCAGCUUCUCAAGUCUAUCCAGUAAUUCUCUAAAUGCUCUAGAGGAGAACAACAGGGCCUCCAGCAGGGAGCCAGUCCUCAUGGACACUCUUCUGGAAGAGACAGUCAAACCCAACUCUGCCACAGAGCUCCCCAGACUUGAUGUCCAUCACCCUUACCUGUUGGAAGUGCCUGAGCAGUUAGAGCACUGCAAAGACAUCACACUCCACACAAGACCUACUGAUCUGGACUGUGAUAAAGACUCAGGCCUGUGUUAUGCUGAACUUUCCCAAAUGUCUGACUACCUCCCCAGCCCGCCUGAGGCCAGUGAUGAUGCUCUUAGUGAUGGAGGAGAGGAAGAUGGCAGUGAUAGAUUGAUAAUGGACUUGUCUGCAGACAUGGAGGCCGUGCUAGCAUCAUGCAACUCAAAUAGUAUGCCCUCCCAAGGGCCAGGAGCCAAUGCUCUUCUUGGCCGAAUCUGCAGCCAUUCCUCUUGUAGGCAGAAAAAUCACCAUUUUGAUCAGAACCAGAGAGAGCUGGAAACACCACAGGACCCUGUCACUGAGUUAGACACCCUACCCUCAUUUCCACUUCGGAGGGCAGAGCCUUCACAGGUUCUUCAGUCACUGAUUAGCACUAAAGGCAGUGACUCAGAGUCUGAAGAAGAGUUCUUUGAUGCUCAGGAUCGACUUACUCCACCAAUCACAGGGCAGGAUCCAAGAGUGAACCACUCAGAUGUCAUUGACGAAGUCUGUACCCUGAGUGUGAGUGACAUCAAGAUUAGCGUGGAAGAGACUGCAGCUCUGGAACCAAGAAAGAACGAGGUUGAUGGUGUAGAGAAGGAUAACUCUUCACUCCUGAACGCAAACAGUCUCAUACAUGGUCCAUCAUUCAGCACCAAUCUCAGCCCUGAUCUCUCUACGGUUGAUCAUGAACAGGCUGGGAUGCCAGAGCUGCCACCAGCCCUGCCCAAUAAACCCUCAAAACCUGAGCCCAGGCCUCUCUUAGAUCUACAUGUCUCUGAGCAGAAGAACUGGCAUGCUCCCAGCCAGUGCAAUGGAGAUAUUCCAAAUCAUCUGUCUUCAGAACUUCUAGAGAUGGAGCCAGACACCAUGGAGUUCAAACCAGUCACCAGUGUAGGCCCACCUCUUUCCUCACCUCUAAUUACAGCUGUGCGUCAGGCCAGCUCACAGCCAAGGACCACAGAAGCUCAAACCUUGAAUAACAGGUCCAAACAAGAAAAUGGAUUUUCUGACCACACACCUGCAAAUCCCUGUGGUGUCUCUACACCCCUUCAGAUAGAUACUUCAAAGGCCAGAGGACAUGGAAAGAUAGAGACUGAAAAAAAUAUGACAGAGAAGGAACAGGGUUCUUUAAAGGAGCAGUCAUUGUCUUGUCAAGAACCCAAGAGAGAACUGGGUAACUUUACCUCAUCUUCUGCCAAGUCCUCAGUGGUUUCUGCAGUAUCUUCAUCGCUGUUGUCUACUCCUCAGCCGGCUUUAAUUCUGAAAGUUGAACCUACCCCAAAAACAGAAGGUAAAAAAGAUUCCCCACCAAAUGGGCUUAGUCUGCAUCCUUGGAGCCAGAGGAAUGGGAGCACCCCAUCUCACGCACUGAACAAAGGGGUGUCUUUGAGCCAUGACAACUUGUUAAAUGAGAAGGACAGUGUCGUCGUCAAGGUGACCAGUGCAUCUACCACUACAACUCCUUCUCCAUCACCUGCUCCUUCACCCUCUGUGGCUUUCAGAGAGCCCAUCAGUGGAGAUCCUAGAGAUCCUGGAGGAACAGGGAGUGGUUUCACAAGUAGGACAAGCUCCUCUGGACGUCUUUCCACCACCGCCCUCCGUGGUAGGCUCCAGGAUCUUCCAUGGUAUCUCACCCGAUCCCAAGAGAUCCUUGGGACUGUAGCACUUAUCAGUGGAUAUGGACCAACAGACUGCAAAACAGCCAAGGUCACAGAUGAUCAGAGAGAAUCUACAAAAGUUUCUCCAAAAGCAACUUCAGUCCCCAUAUUAUAUAGUGGGAAAGAGGAAGAUGCUGAAGUUGUUAUUGUAAAACUCAAAGAUGGGCCAGAAGAAAGUACCUCACUUGUCAAAGAAGCUAAUGGGGAGAUUAAGACUCAUUCAGACCUGAAGGAGAAUAGGUUUCAAAAUUCCUCUGAACUCUAUAAGCAUUUAGGAUCAUGUAAGUCAGAUCAGCCUCAGUCACACAGAGACACUCUGAAAGACACAAACCUAGAGGCUCCCUCACCGCCGUCAACAGCUGCCCAAUCUCACCGAGAGGCAUGUGGUUGCCACACUGUCUAUGCUAAUUGCUUCAGUGGGGAUGCGGAGGAUGCUGGUGGAUUUGAUGAUGAAAUUACAGUGUAUGAGUUCUCACGUCGAACACAAGUCAACAAACCACCUCAAAUUUCCCCAGCACCUUCAACAUCUUCUCUUUCUGCUUCAACCCCGAAUGUCCUGUCCCUCCUCAGAGACUCGCCCCGACCCCUCUCCUGUUCUUCUGAACUCAGUCCGCUUUUGACUCCACCGAGGCCACUUGAGCCUCGACCCCUAGAGCUUGGCCCAUUGGAUGAUCCCCUUCGUUCACUGCAGGGUCGAAAAUAUGGAACAGGCCAAAAAGGGUCUGGACUCAAAGGGGGCUAUGCCUCCCUCCGCCAGGAUAUUGACGAGCUGCUGAUGGUGCUUAAAAAUGGAGCACCCACAAUAAACCCUCCAGUUCACCAGGGGAACUGUGAGAACAACAGAGAGUCAAACGGGAACUCUCUCUCAGAGACAGAGCGAUGCCUGCUGCAGACUGAGGCACGAAGGUUGGCAUCAGGGUGCCAGCGAGCCACUAGAGUUGGAUGGGCACCUGAAGAUGCUCUAGUCUCACUAGGAAACAGCUUCGGGGCCUUGGUGCAUCUGGCCUCUGCUUGCUUGCGUAUUUCCUGUACAAGUUGUGGAGGUUUCCAUGGUGAUACUGAUGCCAUGGAGGCCUUGGCAAAACUUCAGGAAAUCGUGGGGCUUUACAAAGAGUUUGUGGCUGCUGUGGAAACAACCAGGGAGGGGGAAGGAGUCAGGCUGCUGGCAAAACAGUGCACUGUUCUCAUCUCCUCUGUGUUUUCCCUCACACAGCUCUUUAGGACACGCACACCCGAUGUGGACAACGCCAAUUUAGCAUUGGUAUUCUGA